UACAUGCUAUUGAGGAUCAAGGCGAAGAAGAACAAGUUUAACUUGUGGAGAUGGUUUCUUCUGGUAACGAUUCCGAUGAGUUGAUCUGGGCCAAAGUAGGUGACGUUCUUAUCGAGAUGCAAAUAGACUCGGGGGUUCAAUCGAACAUCAUUGACGAUCGGACAUGGGACUCGAUGAACCGGAAUGGAAUUGACGUGAUUGGAGAGAUUCGUGGGUCUGACCGAAGGUUCAAGGCGUAUGCUCAAGCAGAUUGCUUAGAAGUAAUUGCUAUGUUUGAUGCAGAAAUCGUCAUUCCAGAUGGACACAAGCAGCUCAAAGCUGUGUCACGUUUUUAUGUUGUGAGAAACGGACCUCAGCCUCUGUUGGGAAAGCAGACGGCGAAGCAAUUAGGGGUGUUAGUGGUCGGAUUGCCCAGUCAGCGGGAACUGGUCCAUCAAGUCGAUGCCUGUCGGAUAUUCCCUUGUAUCCGAGGGGUGAAAAUAAUUAUUCCUGUAGAUAAGUCGAUCGAACCAGUUGAUCAGCGUCUCCGCCGUUUACUAUUACCGAUGUUGGGGAAGGUAGAUGAAAAACUGAACGAUUUGCUGUCCAAAGAUAUAAUUGAGAGGGUGUCUGAACCGAGCCGUUGGGUGUCACCAAUGGUUAUAGUGGUCAAGGACAACGGAGACAUAAGACUUUGUAUCGAUAUGCGGCGGCUUAACAAAGCAAUACUCCGAGAGACACAUCCAUUACCUACGAUAGAGGAGGUACGUUGGAGAUUGAUUGAAUUGAACUACUUUUAUUACCCACCGCGGACUUUUCCGGUAUAA